AUGAAAACCGUCAACGUCAACACUCACUUCUCGGACCUGGACGAGGGCUUCUACGAGGGCCCCAGCAGCCAGGAUAGUCAGCGGAGCGAAGAUAGUCAGUCCAGCGUCGCCUCCGACGACACCGUCGUAGACGACGUGGACAGGCAUUACAUCGUCUGGGACGCCACGCGGGCGGACUUUGAGGCGUGGGCGAGCGACCGGAUGCGCCGCCGAUGCCGCUGGCGAUGCUGCCGGUGCCGGUACGUCAACCGGAUGCCGCGGUCCCGGUUCACUAUGUCGCACUGCCGCAACCCGGUACCGCCCCAUGUGUCGGUCGGGGGAGGAGAGGGAGGAGGAGAAGCAAGCUGUCCGAGGGAUGAGGCGGGGGAGACGCACCUGGGGCCCGGGGAGUGCUGCGAAAUCCUUGUGCCGCGCGGUGAGUAG